CCCCCCACGACCCCCUCCCCGCUCGCGGAGAUCCCGCAUCGCCCGCAAUGUGCGGGGCGGAGGCCCCGGGGCGCGCUGCUCCCCGGCAAAUACCGCUCCCUCUGCCCUCAUUUACAUGUCAUUUGCAUAUGCACCGCAGGGGGGGGCCGCCGCGCCUCCGAGCUCCCGCUGCGCAAAGCACCCUGGGAAGGGCCAGGAAGCCCCGCCCCCUCGGAAGCGGAUACGCACGGCGGAGCGGCACCCGACGGACUGGGUGGUCGGUGCCGGGACCCUGUGCAGAGCAGAUCAGCAGCCUCCAGAGGAAGGCUCUGUAAAGCUGGAGCUGCAGAGACCCUCCCCAGGGAGACAGGGACAGAGCGGCUGCCUGACACCUGGGCUGCGCCAGCUGCAGGCGGGGCAGGGCAGGCCGGCGAAGCAGGGAGAGAGCAUGGAGCUCCGGGAGGUGUUUGAGGACGUGGCAGUGUAUUUCAUACGGGAGGAGUGGGAGCUGCUGGAAGAGGAAGACAAGGGGCUUUACCGGGACCAGAUGCUGAGGAACUACCAAGCCCUCCUUUCCCUGGGAUAUCGAGGUCCCACACCUGACUUAAUUUGCCGCAUCCAGCGAGGACAGGUGAAGCUCUGGGUCUGUGAUGAUGAGGUCUGUGGGGAAAUCUCAAGGUCGGAGGAGCAGCUGCCUGGAGGUGCCUGGUUGCUGAGCGGAGUUGAAGAGCAGGUUCCUAAGGAAGGUCCUGCAAACCUGGAUCCACCAUGGGUUUCUGCCAGGAUUUGGGGUGAGAUCGAUUCCGUGAAAACUGUAAAGGAUCAAUGGCACAAGGAUCAGGGAAAGCUUCAAAGGCAGAAGAAGAAUGUAGCAGUGAACCAGGUCCCAUCUGCAGUUGGGCAUGGGAGUGAAGAAAGGAAAGAAGGCAGAAAGAGCCCAGGGUGUAGGGAAGAUUUUCUGGUGCUGAGACAUCUGAAGAGGGACAAGAGAAAAGUCCACUGGAGAGAGAGAUUGCAUACAAACCAAGCCGGUGAUGAGGGCUUCAGAGGGAAGCAGAGGCUCACUGCCAAGCGCAGGGGGAGAGUGCACCCUUGCCCCGAAAGCAGGAAAAGCUUUAGCUGCCCCUCGCUCCUGGCUGUGCACAAGAUAAGGUGUACUGGAAGGAAGCCCCAUGUAUGCGCCAAGUGUGGGAAGAGCUUCACCUACCCCUCAACCCGAGCUGCUCACUAUCACAUCCGUUCUGGACAGCUCCGCCACCACUUCACGAAAUGGAGGAAGAGCUGUACGUGCAGCUCAGAGCUGUUUAAGAAGCAACAAGUGCACAGGGAGACCCGUCGUUAUUGCUGUGUCAUGUGUGCUAAGACCUUUACUGAUUUCUUCUCCCUGGUUCAGCACCGUCGCAUGCACUUGGGGAGGAAGACGCACCGCUGCACCAAGUGCAGGAAGAACUUUAUGAGCUGGGAAGGCCUGUCCCAGCACCAAUGUUUGCAGAGGGGACAGCAGCCACACUGCUGCAGCAAGUGUGGGAAGAGCUUCAGACAGCCCUGCAGCCGGGCUAAGCACAGGUGCAUGCACACAAGGAAGAACGUCACCCACUCCUCCACCCUGGUCAAAGGUCAGCUCAUCGACACAGCCAGGAAGCCACAUCAGUGCUUGGCAUGUGGGAAGAGCUUCAUGCAGUCAUCCAGCCUAGCUCAGCACCAACACAUCCACCACACAGGGGAGAAGCCACAUCAUUGUGCUGUGUGUGGGAAGAGCUUUGCCCGCUCCUGCCACCUGGCCCGACACCAGCUUUCCCACAAAGGAGAGAAGCCGCAUCACUGCUCUGUGUGUGGGAAGAGCUUCGCCUACUCCCACAACCUGGCCAAGCACCAACGCAUCCACACAGGGGAGAAGCCACAUCAUUGCUCUGAAUGUGGAAAGAGCUUCUCCUACUCCUGCAACCUGGCCCGGCACCAGCUCGUCCACACAGGGCAGAAAGCACAUCAGUGCUCUGUGUGUGGGAAGAGCUUCCCCUACUCCUCUGAUCUUGCCCGGCACCAGCUCACUCACACAAGGGAGAAGACACAUAAUUGCUCCAAGUGUGGGAAGAGCUUCACCUACUCCUACAACCUGGCCCGGCACCAGCUUAUUCACACAGGGGACAAAACACAUCAGUGCUCUGCGUGUGGGAAGAGCUUCCCCUACUCGUCUGACCUGGCUCGGCACCAGCUUACUCACACAGGGGAGAAGCCACAUCAGUGCUCUGAAUGUGGGAAGAGCUUUACCUGCCCCUCCAGCCUGGCCCGGCACCAGCUUAUCCACACAGGGGAGAAGCCACAUCAGUGCUCUGUGUGUGGAAAGAGCUUCACCCAGUCUUCCAACCUGGUCCUGCAUGAGCGCAUGCACAAGGGAGAGAAGCCACAUCAGUGCUCAGAGUGUGGGAAGAGCUUCAUCUCCUCCUCCAACCUGGCCCAGCACCAGCUUAUCCACACAGGGGAGAAGCCACAUCAGUGCUUUGUGUGUGGGAAGAGCUUCACCCAAUCCUCCAAUCUGGCCCGGCACCAGCGCAUCCACACAGGGGAGAAGCCACAUCAGUGCUCUGUGUGUGGGAAGAAUUUCCCCCGCUCCUCUCAGCUGAACAAGCACCAAUGCAUCCACAAGGGAGAGGAGCCACGUCAUUGCUCUUAGUGUGGGAAGAGCAUCACCUACUCCAGCCUGACUGAGGACCAGAGCAUCCGCACAGGAGAGAAGCUACAUUGAUGCUCUGAGUGUAGAAAGAACUUCACCCAUUCCUCCCACCUGUCGCAAUAUUGGCACAUUAAUACUUCUCUGCCAGCAGUGCAGGAAGGGCUUGGGGAUAUCUACCUGCUCAGCACCCACCAGUGGCUGCAUUUAGACAAGCAUCCUCAUGCUGGUGGACUGCAGAAAGAGUCUGGGAGGGAGGAGACAAGCAACUGCCUGGGAGAAGACCAGGGGGAGAAGCUAUCUGGAGGAAACUCUUGCCGCUCUCAUCUGCAGGUAAGACCACAAAACACAACGGGGGAGGCAUGCUACACAAUCCUCAUCCUGCACAGCACCUAAAACUGCACCCUCAUAGUAGGCGGGCUCACAGGCUGCUCCCACCACCACCACCCAACUCCCCAGGCCACAAAAUGCCACGCUACAAACCACACUGACAAUACGGUACACCCCCACAAAAUAAAACUAAUCCCACAGACUUCCACCUCUCCACCACCUGUACCUAACCCACGCACAACACAGCGCCCAAACGCUCUCAAAGCAGGGCCACCCACACAGAAAACACCCACGACUCCCUCACCGCAACACUCGCCCAACCCGAGCACCUCACUCUGCCCUCCACCCAUUCUCUCUACCUAGCCACCUCCCGCACCCACAGCCACGGCUAACCCUACUCCCUAACCCUCACAGUAACCCCAACCUAAAGUCAAGUGAGCACACAUUGCCACACCCUCAUCCUAACCCGCACCCACUAGCACAUUUUACACCGGAUACCACACCCAUUCCAUCACCUACACACACACUCAUUUCUCCAUCCACUCCCUAGCCCUACGACUCACCCACACCCUAGCCAGCACCACAGCACAUCUCUCUACCCACCCCCUAACCCACACACCAAUUCAUUGGCCCCACCACUCCCGAACCUAAACACUCACCCUAACCCCAACCACCACCACAAUCCAUACGGGCACAUAUUCCCCCAACCAAACCCUCUCACAAACCCAAACCCAUCCAAACAAUCACUCCUGAACCCACUCCCUAACACUAACAAACCACCCAACCCUAACCUGCACACACAUUCAUUCCAGCCAUCAUUCCCAACCCUCAACGCUCACCAUAACUCAAACCCGGACCAUCACACAUUUUCCACCCACUCCGUCACCACGACCCAUACGCAAACGGUAACACACACGCAACCACACCUCUACACCCAUUCUCAAACCCUAACCUACGCCCACAAUCAUCUUUGCAACCACUCUGUAACCUUACCCAUAACCCACGCUCACACUCACUUCUACACCUCCCCCCUCACCCUAACCCACCACCACAUUCACUUUGACACGACUUCCAUCACCCAAACCCAAUCCCUACAGCGAAAUUCAAACACGGCUCAACCCUCCACCCAUUCCCUAACCCUAGCCCCUAGACAAACCCCAACCCACAGCCCAAACCAUUUGCACACCCAUUCCCUAACCCGUUCCCUAACUCCAGCAUCAACCGCAACGCAUCUCUGCACGCGCUCCCUCGCUCCUAGCCUAACCCUAACCAGCACCGCAAUCCAUUUCGACACCCGUCACCUCACCCUAACCCACACGCCAACCUACCCACAGGCCUACUCCAUAACCCUUUCCAACGCCGUAACCCACACCUCAAACCACUCGUACACACAUUCCCAAACUAUAUCUCUAACCCAAACCCAAACCCCCACACUUUUCUCAACCUCGUCCCUCUCCCUUUGCCUAACCCAAACACACACCCCAAUCCACCGCUACACCCACUCCCUAACCCUUCCCCUCAGCCUAACCCACACCCCAAACCACGGAUCAACCCAUUCCAUAACCCAAACAUGAACCCCAAACCAUUUCCACACCCACUCCUUAACCCCGUACCUAACCCCAACCUGAACCCCACUCCACUUCUACACCCACUCCCUACCCCUCGCCUAACGCUAACCCAACCCACAAUAUACUUCUCAAACCAUUCACUAACCCUCUGCCUGACACAAACCUCAACCCCAAAGCAUUAGUACACCCAUUCCCUAACCCUCUCCCUAACGCCAGACUAAACCCCAAACCAUGUCUACACCCACUCCCUAACCUUACCCACACUUCACUCUAUCCACGGCCCUGUUCCCCAACCCUUUCCAUCACCCUAACCCACACCCGAAACCACUUGUACACACAUCCCCCAACUCUUUCCCUAACCCAAACCAAAAACCCCAAAUUUUUCUCACCCUACUCCCUAUCCCUUUGCCUAUCCCAAACACACACCCCAAUCCACACCCACACCCAUUCCAUAACCCUACCAUAAACCCCAACCCACUUGCACAUGCACUCCCAAACCCUUUCCCUAAGCCCAACCUGAACCCCACUCCAUUACUGCACCCAUUCCCUACCCUGUGCCUAACCCCAACCAAAACCACAAUGUACUUCUCAAACCAUUCCCUAACCCUCACCCUAACACUAAUCCAAACGCCAAUCCAUUACUACACCCACUCCCUGACCCUUUCCCUAACCCCACACUACACGCCAAACCAUACCUACACCCAUUCCCUAACCCUUCACCCAACCACAUAACACACCCCGAUCCACCUCUGCACCUCUUCCCAAACCCCAAACCUUUGCCCAACCCUCACCUGCACCACAACCACCUUGCACACAUCUUCCCAAACCCUAACCCACGCCCCAACGCACUUCUAAAACCGUUGCCCAACCAUAACCCUUUGCCUAGCCCUAACCAACACCCACUCGUCAACGCGCUUCCUAACCUAAACACUCAGCCUAACCCAACCCGCACCGCAAUCCGCUCGCGCACCUAUUCCCUAACCUGAAAACCCCUCGCGAACCCUAACACACACUCCGGGGCACUCGUGCACCUCUACCCUAAUCCUAACCCCCUCAAUCACCCUAACCUGCACCCUGUCCACUUUUGGACCUGUUCCCUAACGCUAACUCCCUCCCUAAACCUAACAAGCACUCCCAUGCACUUUUCUAUCUAUUACCUAACCCUAACCCCCUGCCUAACCCUAACCCGGACUCCUGCGCACGUGUGAACUCAUUCCCUAACCCCCUGCCAACCCCUAACCUGGAACUCUCUGCACUCGCGCACCUGUUCCCUCACCUUAACCCCCUGCAUAACUGGAGCCUGCACCCCUCUACAUUCAAGCACCUACUAUGUAAACUUAGCUGCCUACCUAAAACUAACCCACACCCCUCUGCACUUGUGCACCCGUUCCCUCACCCUAACCCCCUACCUAACCCUAACCAGUAGACCUGUACAAUUGUACACCUGUUACCAAACCCUAACCUCCUGCCCAGCCCUAACCUGCACCCAUUCCCUAACCCUCUUCCUAACCACAACCCACAACCCCAUUCACCUGUACACCUAUUCUCUAACCCAAACCCCCUGCCUAACCCUAACCAGCACCCCUCUGCACUUGCCCACCUGUUCAUUGACCCAAACACAUGCCUAACCCUACCUUGCAGCCCCCUAUCCACUCGAGCACUCGUUCCCUAACCCAAACCCCCUACCUAACCAUAACCCAGGCUCCUGUGCACUCGUGAACCCAUUGCCAAACCCAAACCCCCCGCCUAACCCUAACCCGGACUCCUGCGCACUUCUGGACCUGUUCCCUAACCGUAAGCCCCUGCCUAACCCUAACCUCGACUCUGCCGCAAUUGCGCACUCGUUCCCUAACCCUAACGCCCGGCCAAACCCUAACCCGGGCUCCAGUGCACUCGUGGACCCGUUCUCUAACCCCAACCCCCCGCCUAACCAUAACCCGGACUCCUGUGCACUUGUGGACCCGUUCCAUAACCCUAACCCCUGGACUAACCCUAACAUGCACUCCUGCUCACUUGUGCACUCGUUCCUUAACCCGAACCCCCUGCCAAACCCUAACCGGGACUCCUGUGCACUUGUGGACCCGUUCCCUAACCCUAUCCCCCUGCCUAACCCUAACCCGGACUCCAGCGCACUUGCGGACCUCUUCCCUAACCCUAACCCCCGGCCUAACCCUAAGCUGAACCGCCGUCCAGUUUUGGACCCGUUCCCUAACCCUAACCCCUGCCUAACCCUACCCUAGACUCCUCUGCACCUGUGGACCCGUUCCCUAACCCUAACCCCCGGCCUAACCCUAACCUGGACUCCUGCUCAUUUCUGCACCCGUUCCCUAACCCUAACCCCAAGCCUAACCCUAACCCGGACUCCUGUGCACUUGUGGACCCCGUUCCCUAACCCUAACCCCCUGCCUGACCCUAACCCGGACUCCUGUGCACUUGUGGACCUGUUCCCUAACCCUAACCCUGGACUAACCCUAACCUGAACUCCUGUGCACUUGUGGACCCGUUCCCUAACCCUAACCCCUGCCUAACCCUAACCUGGACUCCUGUGCACCUGUGGACCCGUUCCCUAACCCUACCCCCUGCCUAACCCUAACCCGGACUCCUGCACAUUUGUGGAAUCGUUACCUAACCCUAACCCCCAGCCUAACCCUAACCCGGACUCCUGUGCACUUGUGGACCCGUUCCCUAACCCUAACCCCCUGCCUGACCCUAACCCGGACUCCUGUGCACUUGCGGACCCGUUCCCUAACCCUAACCCCCGGAAUAAACCUAACCUGGACUCCUGUGCACUUGUGGACCCGUUCCCUAACCCUAACCCCUGCUCACUUGAGCACUCGUUCCUUAACCCUAACCCCUGCCUAACCCUAACCCGGACUCCUGUGCACUUGUGGACCCGUUCCAUAACCCUAACCCCUGGACUAACCCUAACAUGGACUCCUGCUCACUUGUGGACUCGUUCCUUAACCCUACCCCCCUGCCUAACCCUACCCCGGACUCCUCUCCACUUGUGGACCCGUUCCCUAACCCUAUCCCCCUGCCUAACCCUAACCCGGACUCCAGUGCACUUGUGGACCUGUUCCCUAACCCUAACCCCCGGCCUAACCCUAAGCUGAACCCCCGUCCAGUUUUGGACCAGUUCCCUAACCCUAACCCCUGCAUAACCCUAACCGAGACUCCUGUGCACUUGUGGACCCGAUCCCUAACCCUAACCCCCUGCCUAACCCUAACCUGGACUCCUGCUCAUUUGUGGACCCGUUCCCUAACCCUAACCCCCAGCCUAACCCUAACCCGGACUCCUGUGCACUUGUGGACCCCGUUCCCUAACCCUAACCCCCUGCCUGACCCUAACCCGGACUCCUGUGCACUUGUGGACCCGUUCCCUAACCCUAACCCCCUGCCUAACCCUAACCUGGACUCCUGCUCAUUUGUGGACCCGUUACCUAACCCUAACCCCCAGCCUAACCCUAACCCGGACUCCUGUGCACUUGUGGACCCCGUUCCCUAACCCUAACCCCCUGCCUGACCCUAACCCGGACUCCUGUGCACUUGUGCACCCGUUCCCUAACCCUAACCCUGGACUAACCGUAACCUGGACUCCUGUGCACUUGCGGACCCGUUCCCUAACCCUAACCCCUCCCUAACCCUAACCUGGACUCCUGUGCGCUUGUGGACCCUAACCCUCACCCCUGCCUAGCCCUAACCCGGACUCUUGUGCACUUGUGGACCCGUUCCCUAACCCUAACCCUCGGACUAACCCUAACAUGGACUCCUGCUCACUUGAGCACUCGUUCCUUAACCCUAACCCUAACCCUAACCGGGACUCCUGUGCACUUGUGGACCCGUUCCAUAACCCUAACCCCUGGACUAACCCUAACAUGGAAUCCUGCUCACUUGUGGACUCGUUCCUUAACCCUACCCCCCUGCCUAACCCUAACCCGGACUCCAGUGCACUUGUGGACCCGUUCCCUAACCCUAUCCCCCUGCCUAACCCUAACCCGGACUCCAGUGCACUUGCGGACCUGUUCCCUAACCCUAACCCCCGGCCUAACCCUAAGCUGAACCCCUGUCCAGUUUUGGACCAGUUCCCUCACCCUAACCCCUGCCUAACCCUAACCGAGAGUCCUGUGCACUUGUGGACCCGUUCCCUAACCCUAACCCCCUGCCUAACCCUAACCUGGACUCCUGCUCAUUUGUGGACCCGUUCCCUAACCCUAACCCCCAGCCUAACCCUAACCCGGACUCCUGUGCACUUGUGGACCCCGUUCCCUAACCCUAACCCCCUGCCUGACCCUAACCCGGACUCCUGUGCACUUGUGGACCCGUUCCCUAACCCUAACCCUGGACUAACCCUAACCUGGACUCCUGUGCACUUGUGGACCCGUUCCCUAACCCUAACACCUCCCUAACCCUAACCUGGACUCCUGUGCGCUUGUGGACCCUAACCCUAACCCCUGCCUAGCCCUAACUCGGACUCUUCUGCACUUGUGGACCCGUUCCCUAACCCUAACCCCCGGACUAACCCUAACAUGGACUCCAGCUCACUUGUGCACUCGUUCCUUAACCCUACCCCGCUGCCUAACGCUAACCCGGACUCCUGUGCACUUGUGGACCCGUUCCCUAACCCUAUCCCCCUGCCUAACCCUAACCCGGACUCCAGUGCACUUGCGGAACUGUUCCUUAACCCUAACCCCCGGCCUAACCCUAAGCUGAACCCCCGUCCAGUUUUGGACCCGUUCCCUAACCCUAACCCCUGCCUAACCCUAACCCGGACUCCUGUGCACUUGUGGACCCGUUCCCUAACCCUAACCCCCUGCCUAACCCUAACCUGGACUCCUGCUCAUUUGUGGACCCGUUCCCUAAAACUAACCCCCAGCCUAACCCUAACCCGGACUCCUGUGCACUUGUGGACCCCGUUCCCUAACCCUAACCCCCUGCCUGACCCUAACCCGGACUCCUGUGCACUUGUGGACCCGUUCCCUAACCCUAACCCUGGACUAACCCUAACCUGGACUCCUGUGCACUUGUGGACCCGUUCCCUAACCCUAACCCCUCCCUAACUCUAGCCUGGACUCCUGUGCGCUUGUGGACCCUAACCCUAACCCCUGCCUAGCCCUAACCCGGACACUUCUGCACUUGUGGACUCGUUCCCUAACCCUAACCCCCGGACUAACCCUAACAUGGACUCCAGCUCACUUGUGCACUCGUUCCUUAACCCUACCCCCCUGCCUAACGCUAACCCGGACUCCUGUGCACUUGUGGACCCGUUCCCUAACCCUAUCCCCCUGCCUAACCCUAACCCGGACUCCAGUGCACUUACGGACCUGUUCCCUAACCCUAACCCCCGGCCUAACCCUAAGCUGAACCCCCGUCCAGUUUUGGACCCGUUCCCUAACCCCUGCCUAACCCUAACCCGGACUCCUGUGCACUUGUGGACCCGUUCCCUAACCCUACCCCCCUGCCUGACCCUAACCCGGACUCCUGUGCACUUGUGGAAUCGUUCCCUAACCCUACCCCCCUGCCUAACCCUAACCCGGACUCCUGUGCACUUGUGGACCUGUUCCCUAACCCUAACCCCGGAUUAACCCUAACCUGGACUCCUGUGCACUUAUGGACCCGUUCCCUAACCCUAACCCCUGCCUAACCCUAACCCGGACUCCUGUGCACUUGUGGACCCGUUCCCUAACCCCCAGACUAACCCUAACAUGGACUCCUGCUCACUUGAGCACUCGUUCCUUAAGCCUACCCCCCUGCCUAACCCUAACCCGGACUCCUGUGCACUUGUGGACCCGUUCCCUAACCCUACCCCCUGCCUAACCCUAACCCAGACUCCAGUGCACUUGUGGACCCGUUCCCUAACCCUAACCCCCGGCCUAACCCUAAGCUGAACCCCCGUCCAGUUUUGGACCUCUUCCCUAACCCUAACCCCUGCCUAACCCUAACCUGGACUCCUGUGCACUUGUGGACCCGUUCCCUAACCCUAACCCCCUGCCUAACCCUAACCUGGACUCCUGUGCACUUGUGGACCCGUUCCCUAACCCUAACCCCCUGCCUCAACCUAAUUCGGACUCCUGUGCACCUGUGGACCUGUUCCCGACCCCAACCCCCCGGCCUAACCCUAACCUGGACUCCGGCCCACUUGUGGACCUGUUCCCUAACCCCCUGCCUAACCCUGAGCUGAACCCCCAUCCAGUUUUUGACCCGUUCCCUAACCCUAAGCCCCUGCCUAACCCUAACCUGGACUCCGGCCCACUUGUGGACCCGUUCCCUAACCCUAACCCCCUGCCUAACCUUAAGCUGAGUCCCCGUUCUGUUUUGGACCUGUUCCCUAACCCUGACCUCCUGCCUAACCCUAACCCGGACCCCUGUGCACUUGUGGACCUGUUUCCCAAACCUAACCUGGACCUCUGUCCACUUGUGGACCUGUUCCCUAACCCAGAUCCAGAUUCACCUCUGAACCCGUUUCCUAACCCUAACCUUUUCCUAACGCUAACUUUCACCCCAAUGUACUUGUGGACCAGUUCCCUAACUGUUUGCCUGACCCUGUCUACGGUUUGGUAGCGCAGAACGUGGUGUGUGUCUCUGCCUAGCUGCUUGUCUUCCCACGCGCUCUCCCACUGGUGCUGCGGAUGCCUCAUCCAGGGUCUGUAUGUGUUUCUGUUUGUCUCGUCCUCCAAGUUGCUGUAGCCUUUUCCCAGGAAAAACAGAGCUUGCAGGAGACCUGUCUUUGCACAUCUAAUUUGCUUCCCUUCCUCGCAAGGAGAGAGCUGUGCCUGCAACCUUGCAGCUAUGGGUGGCGGGCUAAGAAAUAAAAAGUUGCCCGUGACGUCCCGGCAGGCAGGGUCUGCUGCUCUCAGUGCCGUGAGGCCUCUCAGCUGUUAACAGUGGCAAGUGUCUUGCUGUGUUUUGUCUAUGUCUGUGUGCAGAGGAGUCACCUUGCCAAGGCUUCAAGCACCGGAGGUGAGAUGAAGAGCCGCACCGAUGGCGGAGGAGGAAAUGGGCAGCUGUCUCGUGAGGUCCCAGUUUGUGUGGUGUGAGGCCUCUGCCCCUGUGAUGUCACCUGUGUGGAGCCUGUGGAGCUGUUGUGUGUGUAUUGUUGCAGGUCAUACUCUGUGGACGGUGGCUACUGUGAUGCUUCAUGUUUUGAGUGCCUGUGACUAUCCAGCUCCGCAAGGCCUCAGACAAGCCUUUGAGAGCUUGCGUACGGAGGAUGGGUGCAGGGAGUUUGGUGCCACGCUGAUGGAAGAUGAAGGAAAACAAUACUUAAUGGUGCGUGUGGUUAGACUGGGGAAGUGGGGUGGUGAGCAUUGGUUGCCCUAGGCUUUUUUGGGUGAGGGGGGAAACCCCUAAUGUCUGAUACGCAGUGUCUCGAGCUUCUCAUUUCCACCAGGGUGUUGCCCUCCUGGCUUGCCACACAGACUGGCUGGUCUAAGCCUGGGUUGGGUUUAGGCUGCCUGCGAGUCCUUGUUCUUUUGUAAAGGCUGAAAAUAGCCUUUAAGUAUACAGCUGGUUUCAGGGUUUGCCCCUGGCACGUGGGUGCCGAUCUUGCCCUGGAGUUAGCUCAGUCAGCGCAGCAGGUGCUGGUGUCCCCUGCCUGUGCUGCCACUGGCCUCCUUUCAGACCUGGGAACUGCACUUUCUUCUCUCUCUCUCUGGAUUUGUCACUGGUGUUUCUUCCUAGUGUGAUACCUAAAAUCACUGCAACACUUUGUAUUCUUCCUUUGCUUUUCCCAGACCUGGAAAGAGGACCAUGUUGGCACCUAAAUUGAUGCCCCGCUGGGCGGACGAGCUUGACUGUGCCCUGCCUACCGUGUCUGGGGGGGUUGGCUGUGUGCUGCUUCUGCAGCCCCGGGCAGGGGUGGGGGUGGGGGGAAGGGAGGUGUCUUCACGUUACCACUAUGAGAGAGGACUGCUCUUCCAUGUAAAAAUUGCUUGUUGUUUUGGGGUGAUACCAAUGUUGGGACCGUGAGCGGAGGUGACCCGAGGUACAGGUACAGAGCCCUAGAGCCACAACGUCUUGGGAGGUGGAGGACACCGGUGACUGGCCACCGAUGGUGACUUCUGGGUCACCUGGAAGGAGGCCUCUGCCCCUAUGCUGGACUUGUGUGCAUCAGCAGCCUGUGCAGAUCCUGGCCCGGGCGCACGGAAAUGAAUGCCGGUUCAAGGACUGGAGCCGAGCAGUGCCCAUGCAGGCGGAAGCAGGAGGAUUUGAACGCUGUGAGGAACAAGUUGAAGACACGUGCAGACUUGCCCGCGUCGCAGAGAAUGUUGAUCGGUUUCUACUGUUGCUAUGCUUAUGACGUCACAUUUUCUCUAUUACCCCCUCGCUGCCUAUGUUCAGAGUCAAACCUCAUGGCAAAAUUCUGAAAUCGUGUACGAUGCUGACCAGGAAUACUUCUUCUAUGACACUAAGUCUUGACACUUGAAUUGGCCUGUUUGUUUGAGCCUCUGCCCAAGGAACCUGGGGAUGAAGUUUUCCCCCGCAGUUUUCUGCUGUCCGAAGUGGGAUGCAGCGGAGCACUGAGUUGGCACCUUGAAGAGUCUGGAGACACAACCGACAGCCACGGCACCAACAUUUGGAGGUAUGAGGUCCUCCUUAAAGAAUCUCGCUUAACGAGUCUCAGCGUGGCCUAGCCUGGACGAGUAACGUCUUUGUUGCGACCCUGACAAUAACCAAAGUGAUAGAGACUCCUCCAACUCUCCAUCUCUUGCGGAUGUUCCCGAGUCCUUGCGGACUUCCCACCUCAAUGAAACGGGGAAACUGUCGAACAUGGACCCAGUUCAUUUAACAUAUAACGCACGCAAACCUUGUCCUGCCAUCGAUCAGUAUCCUUUGUGCCGUGAAGCUGACGAAGACCCACUACCAAGAAGCAGCUCAGAGAAUUUUUCGGCUCUGCAUCUUGUUGUUGGCGGUGGAUACCUACCUUUUCUGUACCAGCUAAACCGGGAAACCAGCUUACUAAGGAUGAUUCUCCUAAGAACCCUGUGCUACAGAGCGAGCACCACGAACAACCCUGCGUUACCCUACAAACUGCACGAGUCUCUGCAACAGCAGUGGGACACCCUGACUCUGGUAAACCCUUUGCAGGAUACUGUCGUGAAAGAGAAGGUGUUGCUACCGCAGUCCCAACCCAACCUUUGCGUUCUUCUUAUACACCACGUGCUUACUUUUCUUCCUUGCUUGACCCUGUUGCUCGAGGAUGUCCACCUUUGUUUGCGUCCUGUCCCUGCUGCUGCAUUGCUUUUAGAAAAAUCAGCAGCUACGCUUUUAGGAUCUCCUGUUACCCUUGCUAUUCCCCAUGCUGUCUCUGCCUUGUUAAAUCGUGGGAAAACUCAACAAUUGUCCUCUCUGAGGUUAUCUUCUGACGAACGCGCUAUUAUUGCUGCCGAUUAAUGUUACUGCUGUUCGUGAUAAUGUUUUAAACCCUGCUUCUCGUUUACCUGCACCGCACGAUGGAGAUACUCGCUUGUUAAAUCAGGACUGCAUUACUCAGACAGAUCAGGUAUUUACCGUGUCCAGAUCUCACAGAUACACCUCUAGUUAACCCUGAUUGCAUUUCUUUUGCAGAUGGCUCAUGCAAAAGAGACGCGACUGGGCAACUUUGCGCUGGUUUGGCCGUACGUUCACCCCAUACAGUCAUUGAAGCUCACAGUCUUCCUGGUAUCCGGCGCGCACAACCCACUGAACUAAUAGCUUUAACCCGUGCUUGUAUUGUAGCUGACAAUAACUCUGUUACUAUUUAUGCGGAUUCCCAUUAUGCCUUUAAAGCGUGCCAUUCCACAGGUCAGAUUUGGAAGCAUCGUGGAUUCCUUACCUCGUCUGGGUCUCCUAUUCCUCACGCUCCUUCAACUAAUGCCUUGCUGGAUGCUAUUUUCCUCCUGAAACCAUUUUGUGUUCCGCACUGUAAAGGUCAUACAGGAGGUUUGCAUGAUGUGAGCAAAGGAAAUCCUUGUGCAGAGAAACAUGCGCAGCAUGCAGCGCUCGAUGGUACCUCACUUGCCAUUCCCUUUUGUCUAGUCCUUGAUCUCGUAACCUCUAACGUGUCUCUUCUCCAGGAUGCAGCUCCAGAAUCCGAAAAACACGUGUGGCUGUCUGCCGGGGGUAUCUUACAUUCAGAGACCUUGUGGAAGUCUCGUGACGGGUGCAUCAUUCCCCCUAAAACCCUUGUCCCUCAUCUUGCAGGCACGUCCCAUGAAAUGGGAUGUGCGUGCAAAAGCGGGGUAGGAAAAAACAUUUUAACAUACUAGUAUGCACCCCCUAUACAUGCACAAGCGAAAAGGAUCUCACAAACUUGUGCGAUAUGCUUGCAACAUGGAAUUAGGCAACCCACAUAUGUCCAGGCUACUGCCACUCCCUGGUCUUAUGGACCAUUUCAAAACUUACAAGUAGAUUUCGCUGAUUUACUGCCUAGCAAAUGGUUCAAGCAUGUCCUUGUCAUUGUGUGUUGCUUCAGUGGGUGGACAGAAGCUUCCCACACAAGAAGAGCAGAUGCAGGCUCUGCAGCAAACACAGUAAUGACUGAAUUGAUUCCACGAUUUGGCCUACCGCUUACAAUACAUUCAGAUCAGGGACCGCAUUGUACUUCUCAAAUCCAAAAGAUUUUUAGCAAAGCUUUAGGAGUUUCAGGCCAAUUUCAGACACCCUAUCAUCCAGCAAACUCAGGGAAGGUACGACGCGUUAACCGAGAUAUUUAAAUUACCCAAACUUAGGAAGCCGACGUAACUUUAUGGCCCUGACAUUCUUCCGAUUGUGCUACUGCGCCUCAGGAACAUGCCUAGUAUAAAACAUGGCCCUACGCCAUGUGACAUUUUAUUUGGUAGACCUAUGAACGUGGGUUUAACCCCUGUCCAAGAGAUUAAAGCAGUAGAUCUGUUAGAAGGUCAUGACAGUGUGUUCAGUUAUAGCAAAGGACUCAUGAAGACUGUCAAAACUUUGUUUCCACAGGUCAUUGCAGCUUUACACAUUCCAACUGCUGUUCCCUGCCAUGGUUGGACACCUGGCGAUUGGGUCCGAGCAAAGGAAUGUUCCCAGAAGGACUGCCUGCAACCUGGACGGACUGGACCCCAUCAAGUCUUGCUGGCCACUAAUACUGCCGUAAAGGUGGAUGGAAAUUCCGCCUGGAUACAUGCAUCUCAUUGCAGAAGGACAUUAAUGCCAAACAAAGAAGAAGAAAUCAAGCCAAAACCAGCCCUGUCGCAAUUAGAUCACACUCAAACGGAAACUGAGGAAUAAGGUCUCCAAGAAACGAAUGAGGAUACCCCUCACCUUGCUGAGCCCCCGCACAACUAUAACCUUUGUCCUAGAAGACAAGCCAAGGAAAGGGAGAAUUGUGUUGGGCACGCAACUAUUCCGAGCCAAAUUUUGAUUCCGUGGGAAACAGUAGCUGUUAACAUUUUGAUACGGGACGAGGAGUGCGGAUGAACGGUCAUACUACAGAGAGAACGUGGUGCCAAAGUUUUCAUGGAUGGUAUGGGCCAAAUAACUGCACUAGCAGAACUGGUGCAGUAUCCUGCACACCAGUGAAGUGGUCACAUGUCGCCAUAUUGGAAUGUUUAAAUUUAGGAGGGCAUUGCUAUAGACAUGGCACCAUAAAGUCAGCAUCUCCUGACAGUUUGGAAAGGCCGUCUCCUAUUGGAGCUCAGUUUACCCGAGACUGUUAUGAAGGCUCUUUCAGUAAUAACCAGGCCCUGCCAGGAACCUACCGGGUGUGCGGGACUAAAGUCUACCAUCAGGUACUGCCACAGUGGUCCGGAUACUGUUAUGUCGCCUGACUAACCCCUCCGGCCUGAGCUAGAAACGUUCUGCCUCCAGGGCAUCCCCGAAAUGAAAUAGAAAGCCCCGAGCAAGCAGAUUGAGAACAGCAUGCGCUAGCUACCCUUGAAACUUAUACAAAUCCUGUCACCUUGGGACAAUUACUAGGCUGUUCUGUAGCAGGAAUAAGUCCACCAAUUACCGAGCCGGCGAUCUCCUGUUUGGGGAGACAUACCGUACGACUACAAGCGGCAGUCGAAAUAUGGGCGCUAGAAACUGAAACUGCCACAGCCAGUCUGGGAAACGCUAUGAAGAGCAUAGGCCGACAUCAAGAUACUUUACGACUACUGCUUAUGCAGAACCGAUUAGCCCUAGACUAUGUUUUAGCAUCGGAAGGGGAUGCCCGUGCUGCAAUAGGCCAAUAAGUGUUGCCCUUAUGUAAAUAGUACCUUUGAAUUAGUAGAAAAUCAAGUUAAUAAUGGGAUGCUUCAUGCUGCAAAAGCUGCUGAAGCAGCCUUUGUUCCCAAAGAUUAUUCAGUACACUGGUUGGAGUGGUUAGAUCCUAGGGGAUUAUUCCAAGGUCUGCUUGGGAAAAUAAUAUCUGCUUUGUGUAUGGUUUAUAUUUUAGGAUUAAGUUUGUAUGUGAUUGUGCAACUAGUUUUCUACUGCACAAAGUUGUGUGUUAGAAAGGCUGAACACACUAUCUCAUCUGGGGCCAAAGAUACGAUUGGAAACAUGAUGUUAGAACUGAGCAAUAAUUAAAUAGAGCAAGAGAAACUA